UAUGAUUGUUCCUGAGCCAGGUUGCCUAUGUUACACAAGUUCUCUCUACCAGCGGCUCGGAAUAGUCGGGCGGCCCGUUACUUUAGGAGUACAAUAACAGUCGUGAUAGGAGACAGGGUGCGUCUCAAAUAUUCAGUGAGUUACCUUUAUGAGAUUUGUUUUCCAACGCAUCCUAACGGGAAGUAAUCAAAGAUGUCUGUACAGAUGCUUGCUGUCCACCACCCACCAGAAUCAGACCCAGGACAGACAGACGGAUCCAAAGUAGAGGCCGAGUUGGAGUCCGGCACCGCUGCUGAAGAGGAGUCCGGCGAGAUUUCCCCUUGCGCAUCAGAACAUGGCGAUGACCUGCCCGGCUCAGCGGAGCGCCAGGACGCCGAUGCGCCGCCAGAAGAACAGAAGGACAGCGAUGAAGAGUAUGACACUGACCUGGAGACGGGAGACGAGCGGCGGGACUACGAUCCCGUGUGCGAGAUGAAGCGGGUUUACCUGGAGUUGUGUGAGCGCACAGGCGUCGUGCCGGCCUCCUACUUCCUCCGCCACGUCACGUCAGAAGUGCUGGACAUGAGCUACCACGGGCUGGGCGCGACGGGCGCCAGGUGCAUCGCCAUUCCUAUGCACACCAACACCUACAUCACGCAGCUGAGUCUAGAGGACAACUGGCUGUGUGAGGAAGGCGGGAAGCAUAUUGCAGACAUGCUGAAGGAGAACUGUUACAUCUCUGAAUUGAACCUGGCUAAUAACAAGCUCGGGUCUGUGGGUGCACAGGCCAUCUGUGAGAUGCUCCAAGAGAACACCACGCUGAAGGCUAUCAACCUUGCGGGGAACGACUUCAGAGACAAAGACGGACAGUUCUUUGUUGACGCCCUGCAGAACAACUUUGAGCUGAAGGACGUCAACCUGAGCGGCAACCUGUUCUCAGACGGGGAGCACAUGGGGAACGCCAUCGCGGCGAAUGAUUCUAUCGCACACCUGGACCUGAGCUGGAACCAACUCCGUGGGAAGGGCGCUCUCGCUAUCUGCAACGGACUGAAGCUGAACACGACAUUGAAAAGUCUUGACGUGUCCUGGAAUGGAUUCGCUGAUGAGGGUGCGUUGGGGUUUGCUGAAGCUCUCAAGUUAAAUAACGUACUGACGUCACUGGACAUCACCAACAAUAGGAUCACUUGUCAGGGCGCCACCUAUCUGGCCAAGGGUGUUGCUGAGAACGACACGCUCAAGUCCCUAAAGGUUGGUAAGAACCCCAUCACGAUGAAGGGAGCGUUGCAGCUGCUGGACGCGGUCAGGGUCAACAGCAGGACCGCACUGGAGUUACUGGACCUCACGGAUGUGUUGCUGAGUCCUGAGUUUAUGCAGCUUCUUGGAGAGGUACAGGACAAACAUGCGGAAUUUAGGAUCCUGCAUGGCGGGGUGGCCGGGGAAAUCGCACAGAAGAUCAAACGAGCAAACCCCAUGCUAGUCCUCCGGGACGCCCUUCGCCAAACUCACUCCAGGCUCAUCGACUUCUUCAAGAGUUUCGACAAGGAGGGAGACUUACUGGUCACAGUGGAAGAGUUCAAGGCUGGCUUACAUAGAGAAGAUAUUCACCUGGACCCCAUACAGAUGUGGGACCUGUUCCGAGCGCUUGACAGGGAUGAGGACGGCAUGGUGAAUUAUGGAAAGCUGUUAGAGACCGCAGAGGAAGGGGAGGGGGGUAACGAAGGGGAUGCAGAGGAUGAUGCUGUGUAGGCAAUAUUUCAGUUUGGAGACUACAGCUAGUCUUUUAACGUUAUGAAUUAAAAUGAAUUCAUUUACUGAUAA